AUGUACUCUCCAGACCCGGAGUUGGAUUUGCAGUCAAUUGGAGCUCCUGGCGAAGGUUCUAUCUGCGGAGAUGCGGAAGGCCUAGAAGUUCAACACACCUUAUCGAAUCUAGUUUUGUAUGAGGAAACGUCCCCGGUAUUCAUUGCUUAUUUGUUUGCACUUUCUCAUGCACAUCUCUGCGAUGCAACCCCGCUUGACGCUCACUCCAUGGAGUACUUCGACAAUUUUGGCGAAUCUGGAGACUUUUAUGGCUCCGGUGGUAAGAAGUCACUCGAUGAAACGCGAAGUGACGACCGCUUUUCUCCAGCAACCCAUAGCUCCCACACCUCAGCCACCACUACUACUUCAUCAACUCAAGAGGCACGCCUAGCAUCUGGCAGUUCCGGGGCCAAACUGACUCCCCAGGAGUUACUUAAGCGUCGAAUGCAGGCUCAACUUAAUAAGGCCUUUGUUGCUGAUAAGAAAGCGGAGCAGGAGCGACAAAUGAAGUUGGAAAAGGAGCGUCAGGAUCGGGAACAGGGCCUGCGCAAGUUGGCGGAGAAACUGCGUCAGCGGGAAGCCGACCGGCGGCGUGCGGAGCGCCUGUCGGAUGUC